GCAGUGUGAAGCUUACCUAGGCCACUAUUGACAAGGGAGUAGAGGAUGGGAGCCUGGACCAGGUAGACAUCAGAUGCGCUUGCAAAGAAGGAAGAGAAAGGAAAGGGAUGUUACCGCAUCUGGGACCCCGGGGGUAAAGAGGAUCGUUACCGACGUGCUUGCGGAACUAGGCUAUGGUCAGGACACCGAGGUACAGAAGAAGGUGGUGACUGUAGCCCAAAGUCGGGGAAAGGAGGCAGGGGAUGAAGGUACCAGGCAGAAGGACUACCGUGAGGAGGAGACGGGAUCACAAGUUCUUACCAAGGCCCAGCGCAAGCAGCGUAACUUGCUGCUGGGAGGUCAAGGCUCGGGGAAGGGACAGAUCCCGCAAGCGAUCGCUGCACCACCAGCUGCCGCCACAAUGACGCAUAUGUCAGCAGGGCCCUCGCAGAUGGGGCCGCCGUCAGCAUAUGGUCCUUGGGUGCCUUAUUGUCAGUUGGCACCUUGGCCCAGAUGUAAUCACUGCAGCUCGUGUGGGGGAGGUCAAGCUCCCCCGGAACAGUUGGUCUCAUAUCCGGGCCCAUCGACGAGUGCAGGGCGAGUGCAGGGCCCCCAAGCUUUCCGGCGACCCAAGGCCAGUUCACGGCCCAACCUCCCCCUUCGCAGCAAGCUUCGCAGGCUAGCGUGGCGGGUGGAUGAGGUCAAGGGCAAAGAGGACAAGGCAAUGGUGGUUGAGGACAAGGCGGCCGAGGGGGUGGCGGCCGAGGACGGAACGGCGGGGGACGCGGCGGAGGAUGGAAUGGCCAAGGAGGCCAAAGCCAAGGUAGCCAAGGCAGCCAAGAAGGGGGCCAAGGAUAUGGGAGGGCCCGCUUUGAUUGGCGAAAUGCCGUCUGCCGGCAUUGUGGCGUUGUGGGCCAUACCAUUCGGUACACAUGACUUGGUGGAGGAGGUGAGAACGAUAGAGGGGGACCCUACUCAGAUAAAGGAGCAUGAGCAGUUAAUGGGAGGGAUGUACCUGCUCACGAAUACGCUUCUGCAAGGAGACUUUGACCGAAAAAACUCCUUAAGUCUAGUUGAGGGUGAGGACCUCGUUUCUGAGAGUCAGGACGAUGAGUUCGAAGAAGGGGAGAUUAAAGAGGCAUUUCGGGCAGAGGAGUAUGAUGGGAUCUAUCUUGAGCUAGGCCGACUCCUAUCUUGUGAAAUGAGGGACCGAGAUGAAAGCGUUAAAGCUCAAAAGAUGAGGCAUCUCUAUGCGGUGAGGAAUGACCAUUUGUUCAUCAAACGACAAGUCGGGAACCCCAAGCGGAUUGUAUGCGGGAGGAACCGACAAAUCGGUAUUAUAGCGGUGUUACAUGAUGGUAUAGCAGGAGGGCACAAAGGGAUAUGUGCCACAUGUGCAAAGAUAAGCGAACUAUACCAUUGGGAUGAGGUGCUGAGCAUGGUCAUCAAGUAUUCCCAAUCUUGUGUCCCUUGCCAAGAGAGGUCGGCGCGAAGACCAGGGGAACCCCUACACCCAAGGCUGGAAAGAGAGGUAGGUGCAGUCGUACAUUUGGAUCUACUCUUCAUGCCGACUGGGGAGAACGGGUGUAAUUACAUUUUUGAUGCACGAGAUAACCUUAUUGAGUUUGUGGACGAGCGAGCUAUUCGCACGAAGACCGACCCAAUUUUGACCAGCUGUAUCGAAGAGUAUUAUCUGUGUUACCCUUUCGUCAAAGAGUUCGUGAUGGAUCGAGGAGCGGAGUUCACCUGUAACGAGGUGCAGACUUUGGUUGCGGGAUAUGGCGUCGUGGCAAAUUAUACUACCGUUGCGCACCCUCAAGCAAAUGCACCUGUGGAGAGGGGGCGUAGUACCAUCACGAAUCUCCUAGCCAAAUGGACGGAUGGCAAACCCGGCCAGUGACCAAAGUUUCUGCGAGCAGCCUUCUUCGUAGAGAACGUCACGGUAAAGAGGACAACCAAGUACGCGCCUGCCACUCU